AUGGGUGGUGCAGAAAUUACAAUCAAAAUUAAGUACACGAAUCCAGAAAGCGGUGAUGUAGAGAAUCGUAAAUUGGUUGUAUCGCAGUCUAUUACGUGGCCUGAAAUCGAAGAACAGCUCCGUGACAUGUUUAGCAUCCCCACAGCCAAUAAAAUUGGGCUAAGUUAUACCGAUGAAGAGGAUGACUUGGUUGUUAUCUCGUCAAAUGGUGAAUUAGCUUCCGCUUUGGAUAGUAACUAUAACUCGAAACCGUCAAUUUUGAGAUUUGAGUUGGUGGUUAAGCAACCGAGUGCGGGAAAGAGUGAAGCAUUUAAAUUUGGAAAGGUAGAUACAGAUGACGAUGCCAUCAAAGCCACGGAAUCAAUACUGCACACUUGGUUCAACGAACAUUUGCCGACUAUCAUCGAGAAAGUCGCACACGAAGUUAUUACAAAAAUAGAUCGUCAACGCCAACAAGACGCUGCAAAUCCAACUGCUUUCACCAAAGCCGAACCAAAAGUUUUCGUCUAUCCAUCACGAAAAAUAGCCGGUAGCGACGGUGAGGCGGUAGAAGUUCGCAUUCCGGCAGAUUAUGUGACUUUUACGCAUGUUUCUACGAAGACCAUUUGGGGGACUGGAAUUUAUACCGCGGAUUCGGAUGUUGUUAAAGCAAUUGGUCAUUCUGGUUCCUAUACACUCCCGAAACAAACACCUUCACAUGAUCUGGCUGUGACGCUACGCUUUCUUCCAGGUUGCAAACAGUAUUUUGGAAGUACUAAUAACGGGCUACGUUCUGAAGAUGUGGCAAGAUAUAAAUCUAGUUUUGUGAUUGAAAAGGUCAAAGAGAUUCCGAAAGGAAGUGCUGUUUGA